GGAAGUCCCGCGAACACAGAGCUCUUUUCGGAGUAGUUUUCUCAACCUGUUCAGAUUUACAUGUUUUUUUAUCCCAAUUGUUUGGACUUAACCGGGUCGUAUAUCUGCCUUCAACCCGCCUCAGAAUUCUUUUUUUCCGUAAGCUUUUCCUGAGGAGAGGUGUUGCUGCACGUUUUUAUACUGUCUGAAGCCUGGUCAUGAGUAAGAGGAAAACCAAGCAGACCCAUGUUCCGGUUGGAGAGUGCGUGGCUCAGCUGCAGAAGAUGUUGAGGGAGCGCUUGUGCCGUGAGGAGCUUCCAGAGACACCAGAGGGGGUAGCUGCGCAACACAAACACUUGCUGGAGCUGCUCCGCCGCACUGCGCUCCAUGGGGAGAGUAACUCAGUGUUGAUCGUCGGACCCAGAGGAGGGGGCAAAACCAUGCUGUUUAAGAGUGUGCUGAAGGAACUGUUGGAGGAUAAAGAUGUGGACAAGACCCUCAUGCAGGUUCAUCUCAACGGUCUUCUGCAGACUGAUGACAAAAUUGCUCUGAAAGAGAUCACCAGGCAGCUGCACCUGGAGAAUGUAGUGGGCGAUAAAGUCUUUGGAAGCUUUGCAGAGAAUCUUGCUUUUCUAUUGGAGGCUUUGAAGAAAGGCGACCGCAGCAGCUCCCGGCCUGUGCUCUUCCUUCUGGACGAGUUUGAUCUGUUUGUGCACCAUAAGAACCAGACUCUGCUCUACAACCUGUUUGACGUGUCUCAGUCGGCCCAGGCUCCCAUCGCUGUGGUGGGACUAACCUGCCGCCUGGAUGUACUGGAGUUACUGGAGAAACGUGUCAAGUCGCGGUUCUCCCACCGUCAGAUCCACCUGCUCAGUGGCGCCACCUUCCCUGACUAUGUGCAACGCGUCCAGAGGCAGCUGUGGCUCCCAGCGACCUUUCCUGACCAACGAUUUGCAGAGGAGUGGAACAACAGUGUCAAGGCUCUGUGUGAGGACAAAUCUGUGGAGGACAUUCUUCGGAGACACUUCAACUCCAGCAAGGACUUCCGCUCCUUACACGCUCUGCUGAUGUUCUCCCUGAGCCGUGUCUCUGUGUCCAAACCCUGUAUCAAACCUGCAGACAUCCUAGAGACUAGCCGCAUGUAUUUUGCUGACGCUAAAGCUAACAUGCUACAUGGCCUGUCCAUCCUGGAGCUGUGUCUGAUCAUUGCCAUGAAGCACCUGAACGACCUGUACGACGGAGAGCCGUUCAACCUGCAGAUGGUCCACAACGAGUUUAAAAAGUUUCUGCAGAGAAAGUCCAGCUCCAUGUACAACUUUGAGCAGCCCGUGGUCAUGAAGGCAUUCGAGCACCUGCAGCAGCUAGAGCUCAUUCGGCCCCUGGACAGCUCGGGGGCCCGGACCCAGAGGGAGUUCCAGCUUGUGAAGCUCCUGUUGGAUAAUACUCAGAUCAUGGAGGCGCUGCAGAGGUACCCCCAGUGCCCCACUGACAUCAAGCAGUGGGCCCUGUCUGCAUUUGGAUAAGAGGACACCCUCCUCUCUUCAAAAACUGAGCCUCAAGAAAUGGACUUGUAAAAAUGAAGUGAAUGGACAUGUUAUAAUGUCAUCUACAGUAACACUUAAAGAUACAAUAUGUUACUUUUCUGUUGGAGAGUCUGUUACCAACUUCUUCAAGAAGUUCUUAUUGCGUUGCCUGCAAUGUUCCAAAAUAUGCAUGGCAUUAAAAUUAUCUAUCUCCAUGGAUGCAAGCAGAUGACACACCCAGACCAAGUUACAGGUCAGAGCUGUGGAGAGGCAAGCCCUUUCAUGGUAAGAAUGUUUGUUUUAAGCAAUAAGAAAACAUGAUUUGAAGACAUGCAAAUGAAGGCAGUUAAAUUCCAUACUGCACAAGAUUCUGGACAAAAGCAUCUUCAUGGAGACAAGCAGGUGGUGUACCCACCACCAGAAAAAAUGCAUCUUUAAAUCUUUAGCCAUACGGUCAAUAAAUAUGUGAAAUAAUUUAAAAAACUUGCAGUUUGCAGUUUAGUGUGACUAAAAAAACAAGUUGCAAGUAAACUUUUAUGCAGAAGACUACAAGUAAAAAUGUAUUUUCAAUCAAAAUAUAUUUUGUGCUGGAUAUUUUGAAGUUGUUUUGUUUCAUUCACACGUUUGAGGAACCCUUUAUUAUUAGUCUGUUACAUCUCCAAAGCUCAAAAUGCUCUGUUCCACCUUGUGAUAUCGAAGCAGUAGUUUAAGUUAACAGCUCCUUUUACCUUUAGUUCAGUAGAGAUUUACAAUUCCAGGGCUGAAAUUAUCCAAAUGGUUCUAGUGAAGGUGUAUGGAGUUUAAAAACACAGUGGAGCACUUCCUGUAUUACCACAUGACAUCCCAAGGUGCAACAGAGUGUUUUCUGUUUGAGGAAAUAACUCAGUCUCAAUAUGCAGGGUUUGUGUGCUAAAUGAUACAAAAUAUAACUCCAGGUAUUUUUUUUGAUGAGAAAACAACAUUAUAACAGAUCAGAAAAUAGUGUAACAUGGGCCCUUUAAGUGUAAGAUGAAUUAUUAUAUUGUCAUUUUCCUUGUUUCUAGACAAAAUGUAAAAUCAAGAUUAAUAGUGACACUAAAUAAAGCCAUUUUAAUUCCUGAAAUAUUGCAGUUUUUGCAAAGUGCUGCCAGUACUAGACUUAUGACGAAAACCGGACUGAACCAAGUCUAAAAUAGGACUAAAAUGGAUUUAAACCAGCAUUAACCCAGAUCUAAAACUAAAUUUUUAUAUGAAUCAAAAUGAAUAAUUACUGAACUAGAAGACCCUGAGCACCACAAGAAGGAGCCCAGAGUGGCAUCAUGAUAUCAUCUUUAAUCCCUGUGGAACAUUGCACACGAUCGUUCAUUUUCGACAGACAAAUGCGUAUUUGGUCAGCUCACAGUAAUGAAUACAAAAUAAUUCAUAAAUAAUAAAAAAAAUCUUCUUGUUCACACAGUUACAAAUUUGUACUUUGUCGAAUACAACGGGACACUGCAACCACUUAAGUCUGUACACGUAUUCACAUUUGAGUGUUGUUACUGCACUGGCCAACACAGCUCUUCCAUACCACCGCUGUGUAAAGGGUUUCUCAAUGGUUCUUUUGUGAUGACAAUGAUUUUUAAUACAGUCACUGCACAUUUUACUGUUGAGUAAUGAUUCAAGUCCACAUCAAACACUUACAGGAAGGGCAGCACCAUUUGAUCAAUUCUCCGUCAAAAAAAAAAAAAGUUGCACAAUCAAUGGUC